AUGCUCGCCUCAAGAGUCGGCGUUGCCGCCACGCGCAGCGCGGCCAAGCCAUUCAUGGCGCAGAACCUCCCCAAGCUGGCGCUCGCGGCUCGCGUGCCCGCCACGCAGUACCGCCCCAUUGCGACCGUCAAGCACACACCCGCCGAAGGCGACCAGAUCCUCGCCAAGCAGCGCCUCAACCGCCCCGUCUCCCCCCAUCUCGGCAUCUACAAGAUGAACCAGACCUGGUUCGGCAGCUCCGCGUGGACGCGCAUCACCGGCUGCACGCUCUCCGGCGUCGCCUACCUCUACUUUGGCUCCUACCUCCUCGCGCCCCUCUUUGGCUGGCACCUCGAGAGCGCGAGCCUGGCCGCGGCCUUUGCCGGCCUGCCCAUGCUCGUCAACGGCGGCAUCAAGUUCCUGCUGGGCUUCCCCUUUGCCAUGCACUUCUUCAACGGCGUCAAGCACCUCGUCCUCGACACCGGUCGGGGCUACGCCAAGUCGACGCUCGUCAGGGUCGAGACGGCGGCGUGGAGCUUUGGUAUCCUCGGUGGUUUGUUCCUUGCGUUCGGUCUGUAA